AUGGCUGCCGUGCCGUCAGCUUCUCCCGCCGCGGCCACCACCGCCAAUCCUGAUCCCGCCCCAACGAACGGCGACGCCAAGCCUGCAACGAUCUCCACGGAGACGACAGAUCCCACUGCCACGACCACGGAGGUUGCUUCGGAGCCCAAGCCCAAAAACAUCGCGAACGGAGCAUCCCCGCCGAACGGUCACGAUGCAACAGGCGACGAGCCGAGCCCCAAUCUUCCCCCAAGGCCGGCCUCAAUAGAUGCCAAGGAGGGUCUCAACCCAACCGACCCGUCGGUACAGCCGCCCAAUACCGCCACAACCACGAGCACGAGAUCGCCCAGGACCUCCACGACGCAGCGUGCAGGCGACGACACCAGGGACACCUCGGUGGAAAUCGACAACACGAAACCCGCCGACUUCGAGGGUGAGAUCCAGACCAACAACGACCUCCCUACGCCCCAGGUCCUCAAAAAGAUCGAGGACUACGUCGUGCUGGACCGCCAUGGAAAGAGCCACUCCUUCAAGAGCUUAUACAGCGGUCGCAACGUCGCGAGACGAGUCCUUGUCAUCUUCGUCCGCCACUUCUUCUGCGGCGAAUUCCUACGCACCCUCUCCGAAUCCAUCACCCCCGACGCCCUGCUGGGUCUUCCUAUGAGCACGUUUAUCGCCGUCGUCGGCUGCGGCAACCCGGGCCUGAUUGACAUGUACCUCCAGGAGACGGGCUGCCCGUUCCCCGUGUACACCGAUCCCACGAGACGCCUGUUCGACACCCUGGGCAUGACGCGCACCCUCGCACUGGGGACGCGGCCGGCCUACAUGCGCAAGUCCAUGCUCAAGUCCGCCGCGGAGAGUGUCUUCCAGGGGCUCAAGCAGGUCAAGGCCGGGCUGGCCACCAAGUCUGGCGACCACAGACAGGUCGGCGGGGAGUUUCUCUUCGAGCCCGUGGAGCUCGUCACGGAGGUCUCGACGCCGUACGCCGAGCGGCAGAUCGAGGAGGCCAUGACCUCGAAAAAGAACAGCAUCGAUAGCCAGGACGGCAUCGACGGCGAGGGCGACGACGACUUCGAGCCCGAGGAGAAGAGGGUCACCUGGUGCCACCGCAUGCGCUCCACGCGGGACCACGCCGAGAUCCCCGAGUUGAUGGAGGUGCUGGGCCUCACGGGCACCGGGAAGGCCCCUGCGCACGAGAACAAGAGGUGGUCGAAGGCGCUGGAGACGAGGAAGGGCACCGGCCUGAGCAUGGCGAGCCAGAUGAGCAAGCUGAGCGAGCAGCAAGAGCGCGCCUAG